AGCAGCAGCAUAGUUGAGAGAGAGAGAGAGAGAGAGAGAGAGAGAGAGAGAAGGCUAAUUAAGCAAUGACCACUCCCAAUUCCUCCUCCUUCCUUGGGUUUUUCCUCGUGACCACUCUUCUUGUAUUUCUUUCUUCUUCAAAGAAGCUGGGAUUCGCCUUUGCAGGAAGACAGAAAAUCGAGAGCAAUAACCAUCUUCUUCAUCAUCAUACUCAUACUGUGGAAGUCAGCUCUCUACUGCCAUCAACCACUUGCAGCCCUUCUACCAAAGCUCCUAAUGGAAAGGCAUCCUUAAAAGUGGCACACAAAUAUGGUCCAUGCUCCCAACUUCACCAAGACAAAGCGAAAACUCCGACCCAUGCUGAAAUCCUGCAACAGGAUGAGUCAAGGGUGAAGUCAAUCAACUCCAGGCUCUCCAACAAGUUGGCCGGCCGUGGCAACAAUGAUUUGAGGAACUCAGAGGCCUCCACCAAUAUUCCGGCCAAGUCCGGUAGCACAGUCGGCACGGGCAACUACGUUGUGACUAUCGGCUUUGGCACACCCAAAAAGGACUUGACGCUCAUAUUUGAUACCGGCAGCGACAUCACUUGGACCCAAUGUGAGCCUUGCUCCAAAAGCUGCUACCAACAAAAGGAACCAAUCUUCAACCCAUCAGCAUCCAACACUUACACAAAUAUCACUUGUAGCUCAAAUUUGUGCUCUAAGCUCGUUUCUGCAACAGGAGUCACACCGGGUUGCUCAACCUCCACAUGCGUGUACGGCAUACAAUACGGCGACCAGUCGUUUUCCGUGGGAUUCUUCGGCAAAGAGAGGCUGACCCUCACACCAACAGACGUGUUCGACGACUUCCUUUUCGGCUGCGGCCAGAACAACCAAGGCCUCUUCGGCGGCUCCGCCGGGCUGCUCGGCCUGGCCCGUGACCCGCUCUCCUUCGUCCAACAAACCACACCCAAGUACGGCGGCUUCUUCUCCUACUGCCUCCCCUCAAGCUCCAGCUCCACCGGCCACCUCACCUUCGGGAAAGGCAGCGGCGGCGCUUCCAACGCCGUCAAAUUCACGUCCUUGUCGAAAGUCUCAGACAGCACGUCGUUUUACGGCCUCGACACCACCGGCAUAAGCGUCAAAGGAACCUCGCUAGCGAUCUCGCCCUCGGUUUUCUCGGCCUCCGGGACCAUCAUCGACUCGGGGACUGUCAUCACGCGCCUGCCGCCCGCGGCGUACAGCGCGUUGAAGUCGGCGUUUAGGGAGGCGAUGAAAGCGUAUCCUCUAACGGAUCCGCUCUCCAUACUCGACACGUGCUACGAUUUCAGCAAAUACGACAACGUUUCAUUCCCGAAAAUAGCCUUCUCGUUCAGCGGUGCGGCCAAUGUUUUGCUGGACGGGACGGGGGUGUUCUAUUUUACAAAAACCUCGCAGGUUUGUUUGGCUUUCGCCGCUAAUGGUGACGCGAGUGACGUGGCAAUAUUUGGGAAUGUUCAGCAGAAGAGGUUGGAGGUGGUGUACGAUGUUGCCGGAAGGAGGGUUGGGUUUGGGCCUGCUAGUUGUUAGCUGAAAAAGCCUGGGUAAUUAAUCACAAAGAGAAUCUUUGUGAUUAGUGGGCUUAAUUAGCUCUUGUGGGGAAUUAGUAAUAUGGAUUAGGGCUUCAACACUUGCAUACUUAUAACCCAUUGGAAAAAUCAAUGGAAAUAAAUAAAUAAUAUUGCAGUGAAAAGGGGUACGUUAAUUAAAAUAUAUAUUUCAAAAAUGAUGCAUAUACCUAUGUUUCAAUGACUAUUUCACAAUGUUAUUUACAGGAAACACUAUUGUAUGUAUGACUAUUGUAUAAUAUCAUAUCAUGUGUAAAUGGAGUGAGUUUGGAGUUG